CACACCGCCACACGGUAUCUUCGUGGGUGACCGCCGCAUCCUCCUCCACCAACCCCACCACGCCUUGCGCCGCCGCCGCCACCGGCGACGGCGAUCCCGAUGGGCGCCUCGGCCUCCGUCCUCUCGCUCCCCACGGCGGCCACCAUCCCGGGAGCCGCCACCGCUAUCGCGGGCGCCGCAGGCUGCUUCGCCCUCGGCUACCUCCUCGCCCUCAGCCGCCUGCCGCGGCAGGCCGCCGCCGCAGCUUCCGGGGAGACCUCGGAGGAGGAUUCCGAGGACAACUCGGAGGAAGAUGAUGACGAAAACUCCGGCCGCAGCCGGCCGGCGAAGCGGGCGCCCGCGCGGAAGCGCGCCGGGCUCCGGCUGCUCUUCUGGGCCCGCAACGUGGUCACCAAGUCCGACUCGGCGAAGGAGGCGGAGAGGUCCAAGGCGCAGACCGCCGCUAGCCCCCUGGAGGUCGAGAACCUCGCCGAGAUAAUAGAGGAUUUCAAGAUGGUGCUGGUGGUGAGAAAUGAUUUGAAAAUGGGGAAGGGGAAGAUUGCUGCGCAAUGCAGCCAUGCAACAUUGGGUCUGUUUAAAAAACUCCAGCAGAGGGCGCCAAAAUCAUUAAGAAGGUGGGAGAGGUGUGGUCAAGUUAAGGUGGUCGUGAAAAUUGAGAGCGAGGAAGAUAUGCUUGUUUUACAAGGCAGAGCAAAAUCUUUGAAUCUCCCAACACACAUAACUAUCGAUGCUGGACGAACACAGAUCGCACCAAAUUCAAGAACAGUCAUGGCUAUUAUGGGGCCAGCUGACAUGGUUGAUGAUGUCACCGGUGGUCUGAAGCUUCUAUAACCUCAUGUUCUAUGCAUCUUGAGAAGCAAGAAUUUGAGGAGGAAUGCUUAAACUUAACAAACCAAUUGGCUGCUGAAGAAUGAACCCUGAACUCAUCGGCUCCGUCGAUCUUGUUAGUGACGAGGCUUCAUUUCACUUUACUCGUAUGGACUGUCUUUGGAGCAAUGGUUUUCUUUUUGCAGUUUUCCACUGUGCAUUAAUUGCUGAGGAUGUAUGAACUCUUAAAUUUUUCUGUAACAUAGUAUUAGACAAGGAAAGGAUAAAAAGACUUCGAGCUUACCUGUUGGCCGCGGCCUGCGUCAGGCUCUUGGGACCGGUUCCGCUUAUAUGAAAUUUGCUCGAAUGAGCUUACAAGACUUGAUCGGCCAUAUUGGGAACGAGGCAUUCAGCUGACAUUGACGAUAGCAC